AUGACUACAGGAACUAAUGGUGCUCGGCGCAUAGCGUCGCUGAUGCGCCCAUCAAGACUCGACUCUGCCGUGUGUCGAAGCUGUCAAGAGACAUUGGGCCGUCGCAAUUAUGCCUCUGCUGCCACCGAAUCUACAUCUGCAUCCUCCAUUCCUUCUCCUUCCACAUCUUCCGUGAACCCCGUCUACACCAUCAACGCCGGCGUCGUUCUCUCCCGCCCUCCCCAGAUCACCCGCGACCUGGAGCCCUUUGAGAAAGCAUUCUAUUUCUACCAGAAGCGUUUGAACGAGCGUCUCGCCCUCCCCUUUACCAAAUACUUUUACUUCAAGCGCGGUACCCCACUAGACGAGGACUGGAAGAAGAAGAUUCAAGAGCGCCUCACUCCUGCGCGCGAUAUCGGAAAGUACAACGCGUACGCCAAUGAUGCAUGGAACGACGAGUUGCUUCUUGGUGCCAAGGAGUCAGAGCCCGAGCACCAGGUCGAGAUGCUGUUGCAGGAUGCCGAGUCGACCGCCAAUGCGACUUCCCAGGAUACCAGCAAGAAGGAAGAGAUCCCGCGGCCACACUCGCGCGUGACCGAGGCCGACAAGAAGGGCGAUUACAAGAGUCUGAACCGUCUGUUGUCCAGAACUUUGUACCUGCUGGUUCAGUCGAAGGAGGGAUACUGGAAGUUCCCUAGCUCUCCGGUGGAAGUGGACGAGACUCUUCGUCAGGCCGCCGAACGUACCCUGGCCCAGUCUGCCGGUGUCAACAUGAACACCUGGAUGGUCGGCUUCCACCCCGCCGGUCACCACGUCUACAACAACCGCAAACCCCAGAUUGAUGAGGCUACCGGUGUCUCGUCCCACGGCGAGAAGACCUUCUUCAUCAAGGCCCGUAUCAUGGCCGGUCAGGCCGACCUGUCUAACAGUUUGCAGAAGCUGAAGGACUUCAAGUGGGUGUCAAAGGACGAGCUCCCGCAGUUCGUGACGCAGAAAUACUACAGCUCCGUCAAGAACAUGCUCGCUGAUCGUUAA